AUGGAACCGGUCGUAACAGCGGCAUUGGAUGAUCAGAUAAUUUAUCAGGCGACAAAGGACAUAUUUAUUGGUCAGAAGGCCAGGUUCAGAAAGCUUGGGCCUGUCAAAAAAUCUAUUGGGAGUCAUCUACAGAAGGGCAGUCUCAUCCGGCAACUUGUGACUCAACAUGGCGCCGACGCCAUACAUCAGCCAGUAUUGAAGCUCCUUUCGGAUAGGGUUUACGAAUCAAUCUCGAUUGCAAGUGAGCGCUUCCCAGACCUGUUCGAACCUUCUACAGCCCAGACCGCAGCCAGGAACAUCCUAGAAGCAGAAGCUGCCAAGAGCGAACAGGCUGCGCUCGAGGACAUCAUACAAACCCAGUGGGCUGAUAGUCAAGGGGCCCUGGAGUGGGCAGAAGUCACAGCGGCAUUACAUGACGCUAGUAACAGCAUCACAGAAAGCGAAGCUGGUAGCCUAUCCUUGUUUCCGGUAUAUCUGCCGUUCCCUAUCGAGCACAUGCUUAUGGGGAAACUCCAAAAGACAUUAGAACUUGCUUGUUUUGACUUUGGAACGAGAGUUCUCCCGAAUAUUAUGCGAAAACGCGGUUGGGAAUGUCCUGAAUCAGUCGAACUCAAUAGAUGGACCGAGCUCUUCGGACGUGAGGGGAGUAUGAGAGGCAAGAUCGACAAAGAUCUCCCGAAAGAACUACUGCGUUCGAUUGCAUCCAUCAGACAUACAGCUGUUCAUCGCCUACGUAGUAACUCAGCAGGGCUAGAACGGUUUCUCGCUGAUGCCGAACGGCUUGCCGGAAUUCUAGGGGAUACCGUACAUGCAAAAGCCAUCUCGCAGCUACGUUCAGAUGCUCAGUCAGCGCUUGUGGAGCUUACACAAAAUAAACAUUUUAUACAACGGCAACUCGAACGCGCUCAGGAAGAAAUAGCCAAGAAGCGCGCUAAACUCGACCAGGAGGAGCAGGAAGUUCUACGCUGCAUCGCAAAAGAGGACGAAAAGUACCGAAUGUUGGCGGGUGACAGGCUACAAAAUGCUCUCGAGCUUAUGGGAUGCUCGAAAAUAGCAACGGACAAGGAGGGCGCGGUCUUGGAUGGUAGUAAUGGUAUGGAGGCGAACGUUUUUUAUGCUGAUGACAGCGACCUCGAUUAUGCAGACCAGUUCGAAGAUUGCGACGAAGCAUGGUUUCCUUAG